UUUUUGAAACUUAACAUUGUAAUUAAAGAAUGAAUUUUAACUUUAAUGAAGCACAGUUGUUUUCAUUUAUAAACGUUAACACAAUGCAUUAAAUACCUGCAUAGUUUUGAGCAAGACUUAAGCCUACUUGAAGCAGUGGCAAUUGCUGGAAAGGUGAGCCAUGUCUUUCCAUUCCGGGCGAGGAUGUCCCCGUGGUCAGGGGGGACCAGGAGCAAGAACUUCAACACAGACCUACCGCCCUCAGAACCUACGGCAGCUUCACCCACAGCAGCCUUCUGUACAAUACCAGUAUGACCAGCAAACUGCCCCUCCAACAACCUAUUCAAACCCUCCCACCACGGGUUACAUGCCUCCCAGGACAGACUUUGUGCCCUAUCCUCCGCCAGUGCCCCCUUCCACGCAAAAUCCCAUCAGCCAGUGCCCCAUGAGGCCACCGUUUCCAAACCACCAGAUGAGGCAGAGCUUCCCGGUGCCUCCGUGCUUCCCUCCCGCUCCUCCCCCUGUGCCAAAUCCUAGCAACGCUCCUGUGCCAGGAACUCCUGCUGGGCAAAGCACCUUUCCUUACAUGAUGCCUCCUCCCACAGUACCGCACCCUCCCCCCCCACCAGUCAUACCACAGCAAGUCAACUACCAGCCUGUGUACCCCGCAGGGUAUUCACAGCAAUCGUUCCCACCACCUAACUUCAAUAGCUAUCAGCACAACUCUGGCUCCUUUCAGAGCGGCACUACCAACAGCAGUGGUGGCAGCAGCCAUUUUCGGCACACGGGUCAGUACCAGGGAGAGAAGUCACAAAGUGACCGACGGUCUCCAGAGAGGAGCAAGCACUAUGACGAGCACAGACAUCGUGAACAUGGUCACAUCCACAGUGACAGGCAUCGGUCCGCUACCCAUGGGGAUCGUCGGGAUCGAGGCCGGAGUCCAGAUAGGAGGAGGCAGGAAAGCAGUCGGCACCGGACAGAUUAUGACAGAGGAAGGCUAUCGCCUCAUCACAGAAGUUACGAGCGUAACAGGGAACGGGAGAGGGAGAGGCAUAGGCACCGUGACACCAGAAGAUCACCAUCACCAGACAGAUCCUACAAAAAAGAUUACAAGAGAGCAGGAAGCCGCUCCCCAAGCAGAGAGAGAAAGAGACCCCGAUGGGAGGAGGACAGAGAAAGGUGGUCUGAGAACCAGAGCUCCAGCAAAGAGAAAAAUUAUACUGCUAUCAAAGACAAAGAAUCAGAGGAGAAUGCAUCUGAAAAAAACGAAGAGGAAGAUGAGGAAUUACUUAAGCCAGUUUGGGUUCGCUGUACCCAUUCUGAAAGCUAUUAUUCCAAUGACCCUAUGGAUCAAGUGGGGGACUCUACUGUGGUAGGAACAAGCAAGCUCCGAGAUCUGUAUGAAAAAUUUGACGAGGAGUUAGGAAAGCGACAGGCGAAGGCCAAAGCAGCCAGGCCACCGUGGGAGCCACCAAAGACCAAGCUGGAUGAAGAUUUAGAGAGCUCCAGUGACUCAGACUGUGACUCUGAAGAUGACAGCAGCUGUUCUAGCAGUUCAGAUUCUGAAGUUUUUGACGUCAUUGCAGAAAUUAAGCGUAAAAAGGCACACCCUGAUCGUCUUCAUGAAGAACUGUGGUACAAUGAUCCAGGACAGAUGAAUGAUGGACCCUUGUGCAAAUGCAGUGCUAAAGCCCGACGAACAGGAAUAAGACAUGGCAUUUAUCCUGGCGAAGAGCCCAUUAAACCAUGUCGCCCCAUGACCAACAAUGCUGGAAGACUAUACCACUAUCGAAUUACUGUGUCGCCUCCCACAAACUUCUUAACAGACAGACCUACUGUUAUUGAGUAUGAUGACCAUGAAUAUAUCUUUGAAGGGUUCUCGAUGUUUGCACAUGCCCCACUAACAAACAUUCCUCUAUGUAAAGUAAUCAGAUUUAACAUUGACUAUACAAUUCAUUUCAUUGAGGAGAUGAUGCCUGAGAAUUUUUGUGUAAGAGGUCUUGAGCUGUUCUCUUCAUAUCUAUUCAAAGAUAUUUUGGAGCUCUAUGACUGGAAUCUUAAAGGUCCUUCACCUGAAAAUGAUUCUGUUUGCUGUCCCAGAUUUCACUUCAUGCCGCGAUUUGUGAGAUUUCUUCCAGAUGGAGGAAAAGAAGUACUCUCAAUGCAUCAGAUUCUUCUCUACUUGUUACGAUGCAAUAAAGCUCUGGUGCCUGAAGAGGAGAUUGCCAACAUGCUUCAGUGGGAAGAACUGGAAUGGCAGAAAUAUGCAGAAGAAUGCAAAGGAAUGAUCGUUACCAGCCCUGGCAUGAAACCCAGCUCAGUUCGUAUUGAUCAACUGGACCGCGAACAGUUCAAUCCUGAUGUAAUUACUUUCCCCAUUAUUGUCCACUUCGGGAUACGACCUGCUCAACUCAGUUAUGCCGGAGAUCCUCAAUACCAAAAGCUCUGGAAGAGUUAUGUGAAGCUGCGUCAUCUGCUGGCUAAUAGUCCCAAAGUCAAACAGGCUGAUAAGCAGAAGUUGUCACAAAGAGAGGAAGCACUGCAGAAAAUUCGUCAGAAGAACACGAUGAGACGUGAAGUGACCGUUGAGUUGAGUAGCCAGGGAUUCUGGAAAACAGGGAUACGCUCUGAUGUCUGCCAGCACGCAAUGAUGCUUCCUGUCCUCACCCACCAUGUGCGCUACCAUCAGUGUCUGAUGCAUUUGGACAAAUUGAUAGGCUACACUUUUCGAGAUAGGUGCUUGCUGCAGCUUGCCAUGACUCAUCCAAGCCAUCACUUAAACUUUGGAAUGAAUCCUGAUCAUGCCAGAAAUUCCUUAUCCAACUGUGGGAUUCGACAGCCGAAGUAUGGAGAUAGAAAAGUUCACCAUAUGCACAUGAGAAAAAAAGGGAUAAACACCCUGAUAAAUAUUAUGUCCCGUUUGGGACAGGAUGAUCCAGCUCCUUCCAGGAUUAACCACAAUGAGCGUUUAGAAUUUCUGGGAGAUGCUGUGGUGGAGUUCUUAACAAGUGUCCACUUGUACUACCUGUUUCCCACUCUGGAAGAAGGAGGAUUAGCUACAUACCGCACUGCCAUCGUACAGAACCAACACCUGGCCAUGUUGGCUAAGAAGCUGGAACUAGAUCGAUUUAUGCUUUAUGCUCAUGGUCCAGACCUUUGCAGGGAAUCGGAUCUCCGCCAUGCCAUGGCCAACUGCUUUGAAGCCCUAAUAGGAGCCGUUUAUCUCGAGGGGAGCCUAGAAGAAGCAAAACAAUUAUUUGGACGUUUACUCUUCAAUGACAAGGACCUGCGGGAUGUAUGGCUUAAUUAUCCACUACAUCCACUCCAACUGCAAGAGUCCAAUACUGACAGGCAACUCAUUGAGACCUCUCCAGUUCUUCAAAAGCUUACGGAGUUUGAGGAUGCAAUUGGAGUCAUCUUUACUCAUGUUCGGCUUCUAGCACGUGCAUUCACUCUGAGGACAGUAGGCUUUAACCAUCUGACUCUAGGCCACAACCAGAGGAUGGAAUUCCUGGGUGACUCAAUAAUGCAGUUGGUAGCCACAGAGUAUUUAUUCAUACAUUUCCCUGAUCAUCAUGAAGGGCACUUAACGUUGUUGAGAAGUUCUUUGGUGAACAACAGGACACAGGCCAAGGUGGCAGAAGAGCUGGGUAUGCAAGAAUUUGCCAUCACUAAUGACAAGACAAAAAGACCUGUCGCUCUUCGAACUAAGACUUUGGCUGAUCUCUUGGAAUCCUUUAUUGCUGCCCUGUACAUUGAUAAAGAUUUGGAAUACGUUCACACUUUCAUGAAUGUAUGCUUUUUUCCACGGCUAAAGGAGUUUAUUUUAAAUCAAGAUUGGAAUGAUCCUAAAUCUCAGCUUCAGCAGUGCUGCUUGACUCUCAGGACAGAAGGAAAAGAGCCAGACAUUCCUCUUUACAAGACUUUGCAGACAGUGGGACCAUCUCAUGCCAGGACAUACACAGUAGCUGUUUACUUCAAAGGGGAACGAAUAGGAUGCGGUAAAGGCCCAAGUAUUCAGCAAGCAGAAAUGGGAGCUGCAAUGGACGCACUUGAAAAAUAUAACUUUCCCCAGAUGGCCCAUCAGAAACGGUUCAUUGAACGGAAGUACAGACAAGAGUUGAAAGAAAUGAGGUGGGAAAGAGAGCAUCAAGAGAGAGAGCCAGAUGAGACUGAAGAAGCAAGGAAAUAAAAGGAGGGCACAGAAGCAGUGGCAUAUUUACUUACUUAAUAACUCUGACUGUGGCCUAUGGAGACCUAACCUAGUUUCUUGCAGAUGAUGAAUGAAGAGUGCCUGUUGAUAUCAAAUAGAAAAUCAUCAUCUUUUCUUAAAAAAAUGUGUGUGUAUAUAAUAUUUCUUUAGUUUGGUUUUAAGUGCAAAGUUUGGCUUUUUAAUAAGAUUUGGUUUUAAAUCCUUUUAAUUUUUAUGAAAAGUUGUGGGAUUAUUUUUAUUAUUUUUAUUGUCUUGUAUGAAGUAAUAAAGUAUUAAUUUCAAAAGCCUGUAGGAGAAAAAGC